ACUGGCAGUUAAGAAAUAGAAACGAAGAGAUAAAGGACAUAGUUUGGGUCGUUGGUGCCGGUCACGAGUGCAGCCAACAUGAACAGAACAAAAACGCGGAAGUCCUUGAGGCAAUUUCCCCCCAAUUCUUUGUCUACGGGACGAUUACUCAACCGACUCUGAUGGAUGAGUCUACUGCUCUACGGAAGAAAAUGGACGGCCUCAUCCGUCAGUUUAUUCCAAACCGGCGGCUGCUGCUGUGGUGCCAGUAUACUAAGACGACCAUCGCCGGCGGGUGGGCGUGUACCUGGUAACUCAUAAUCGACGUCCAGCGUUCAAUUCAAUCGAGAUGGCUACAACGACGUCGAGUGUUUGUUACCACUGAGAAAAGUACAGACGGCUGAUGUAAAAAAAGAAACGUCGCUGUGGGCGUCGCCCAGGCCAACAGUCGCCGGAAUUCGGGAAGCGGAAUGUGAGAAAGCCUCGAUGGACGUCAAGUACAACAUGGACACCAAGGUGGAGGACAACACACGACUCUACAAACUUCAGAAAUCCAAUUUCGACCGGGAGAUUAACACAGCCAAAGCCGAGGCGCAAUUAGCAUACGAAUUGCAGGCCGCCAAAACUCGCCAAAAGAUCCGGACGGAAGAAAUGCAAAUCACGGUCGUGGAGCGCCGGAAGCAAAUCGAAAUUGAGGAACAGGAAAUUAUGCGACGCGAAAAGGAACUCAUCGCCACCGUCCGUCUACCCGCCGAGGCCGAAAGUUUCAAAGUCGAACUCGUCGCCCAGGGCCAAAGGCGACUCCAGUCCUCGCAUAGCCAUGAGAACAAGAACUGGACGCACUCGACAAGGAGGAUGGCAAUGAACAAGAUGUCCAAGGAGGCCUGGGUCGCUAAUCCAAGCCUCGGUUACGAGCCUAAUGACUUGGAAACAAUUUUAGGUCCAGUUUUCACGCUUUUCCGAUGCUUCGGUAUCAAUUUUCACGAACCGUCAGACACUAAUUGUCGUUUUCUCCAUCAAACGGCCCAGAUUGGUUGGGUGGUGCUGACAUUGGGGACGUGUGGAUUUCGUUUACUGGUCUACUUCCCUUCCAUUUUAACCAGGUCGAUUUUCGACGUGGAUAAUAGCAAAUCCACUAUGCACUAUUUAAUCGAAUUUCUCAAUUACUGGAUCUACAUUUUGGCCGUGUUUAUUGGCUCCUGGUGCAUGGCAAGAUGGUCGGCUGCUAAAUUAUGGCGCGCUAUAGAAGAUAUGCUCUUGCACAUCCCGUUGUCUCCCGAGGAUACGGCUCGCUGCCGCAAGACUUCCGUCCAGUGCAUCUUCGGCUGCCUCGUAGCAUUAUCGCUGAACUUGAUUUUAUCCCUGUCGAUUGAAAUAUCGCUUGCUUCUCCGGCCAACAGGAUGGCGUUGGCGUUGCUUUCGGUCGUUUACUUUUACUCGUUUGGAUCGUGCGCCCUUUUCAUCAGUGCCGGCCGCAUUAUUUCGAUUGCAUUCCAAACAGUUAGCAGUCAGCUGGAACUGAAUUGCUGUCCUCCGUCAACCAAUGCAGCUGUCGUCUGGAAUUAUCAACGCCAAUUUGGCAUCGCCUGCCGAGCUGCCGAGAAAUUCUGCAGCACGUUUGGCUUCGUCCUCUUUGCCACCGUUUCCUACACGUUCAUCGGCUUUGUCAACGCGUCUUACAACCUGCUGAAAUCCUACCAGAAUUUGCCGCAAGGAUCGGAUGGCGGCGAACAUCUUUACUUCGUCAUCCCCAGAACGAUUAAAUUGACUUACAUGAUUGUUGAGCAUCUCUUCCGGCUGUGGCUGAUUUGUCACACGGCCGAUCUGAUCCGCUCCAAGGCCCUGUCGCUCGUUCCCGUCCUGCAGAGCAUUCGGAACGACCUUUAUUCCCGUCAGGGCUGCAACGACGAAAGUCAAGAGGUGCACACCUUCCUACUGGAGGUGUCUGAAACUUCGCCCACGUUCGGAGUCCUUGGGAUGUUUACUCUGACUAAACACAUCAUCAUUUCGUUGAUAGGAACCACAUUAACCUAUCUGGUGGUGUUGUGCCAAUUCAGUACGGCGGACAAUCCCGUUGCCAUGACGCCCAUCAGUAAUGCCUCUCAGUCGUCCUAAAUCAACAACAACGGGAGUUUUCUUUAACGUUUACGUAGUAUCUUUUGUUUUAGGGGAUUAUAAUUCACCUUGAUGAAAUCACGUGACCUUUAGUUAUCGUCUGUUUUUCAGUUGUUACAUAACCGCAGUAUUCAUCGACGUAUGUGUUUUUUUGCUGUGCUUUAUAUUCCCCCCAGCCAUGAAGCAAUUCUUAAAUUAAUUCAA